AUGGUCGCUGAUUUCAAGCCAUUGGGAACCCCAGUGUUGGUGACAACUAUGCAUCCAGGAUGGGUGUUAACUGAGAUGGGCGGUGCAAAUGCUAAGAUUACUAUCGAAGAAUCAGCUGCAGAUAUGAUGAAAAGCAUCGGGAAACUUAGUAAAACACACAAUGGAGGAUUGUUUGAUCGAAACUUGGAGAUUAUGCCAUUUUGA